UCGAUCGUCCUCCACACGAUCCCACCUAUAUAGCCGCGCCUCCAUUCUGCCUGCGCCUUCGCGAAGCCUCGAAGCUUGCACAGUCGUCGAGCCAGCCAGCCAGCUAGCUAGCAGCUAGCCAGUACAGUCAAGUGGCCACCACCCCCUUCUCUCCCUCUCUCCCUCUCUCUCUCUCAUUGCCGCCGCUGCUGCGCAUAGCUAGGCAGCAGACGCGCUCGUCGUGCUCGCCCUCCCCCUCUCGAUCGUCGCGCUCGUACGUGCGUGCUCGAAGCUACACCUCGGCGGCAAGAGGCGCACUGCGCCGCCGGACCGAUAUAUCCAUCGAUAUCGGAGAGAAGCAGAGGGAGAGGAGGAGAUCGCUCGAUAUACAUCCGAUGCAGCCUGCCGGGUCCGCCUCACGCCUCGCCGUGCUGGUGGCCGUGGUGGUGCUGGCGUCGUCGGCGGCGUGCUGCCGCGCGCAGCUGGCGAGCAACUACUACGCCGGCAAGUGCGGCAACGCGAGCGUGGAGGCCGUCAUCCAGAGCGCCGUCCAGGCCCGCCUCGCGUGGGACAAGCGCAUGGUCGCCGGCCUCCUCCACAUGCUCUUCCACGACUGCUUCGUCCAAGGGUGUGAUGCGUCGCUGCUGCUGGACGGCCCCAACACGGAGAAGACGGCGCCGCAGAACAGCGGCAUCUUCGGCUACGACUUCAUCGACGACAUCAAGUCCGACCUGGAGGCCGCCUGCCCCGGCGUCGUCUCCUGCGCCGACAUCAUCAUAGCCGCGACCAGGGACGCCAUCGCCCUGUGCGGAGGGCCGAGCUAUGCGGUGACCCUGGGCAGGAGGGACGGCAUGGUGUCGGUGUCGUGGAUGGCCGGCGACCUGCCGUCGCCCCACGUCGACAUCCCCACGGCGAUUGCCAUGUUCGCCAAGAAGGGCUUCAACAGCUUCGAGAUGGCCACCCUCAUGGGCGCGCACACGGUGGGGGUGACGCACUGCUCGGUGAUCGAGGACCGCCUGUACAACUUCAACGGCACCGGCAAGGCGGACCCGUCCAUGGACCCGACGUACGCGUGGGUCCUGACAACGUACGCGUGCCAAAAGGGCCAGCCCUUCGACAACAUCGUCUACCUCGACGACCCAUCCAGCAUCCUCAUCUUCGACAGGAGCUACUUCAACCAGAUCAAGAACCGCCGCGGCGUCCUCCCCGUCGACCAGGCGCUGGGCAUCGACCCCGCCACCUCGUGGAUGGUCGAGUUCUUCGCCACCACCGACUUCUUCCCCGCCAUGUUCGCCCACUCGAUCACCAAGAUGGCCGCCCUCGAAGUCAAGACCGGCACCGCCGGCGAGAUCAGGAGAAACUGCCGGGUUACAAACUAAACUAGAUGGUAUACGACAAGUUUGUUGCUAGACACCACAGGACCAGAGAUCCAAGAGAUGGAGAGUAUACAUGGCCAUUUGAGGCGCCCAAUUGAGAUCCAUGCACAUUCAUAUUUUUUCCCCUUUUUGUCAAGGAUCGCAUGAUUCUACUAUAGUAGUCGGUCCACCUGAGUAGCAUGCAGUACGUAAUUUUGUUGUGAUUCUUUUGUACGUGGCUGGUAUAAAAAUAAGCAUUCCAUGAUGUG